AUGGCUCCCAUCACAGACGACGCGAUUGCUGGACUCAAGUCCACGAUCGGACAGCUCGAAGCUCGCAUUGGCGAUCUUGAAAACCGCCUCCUUGGAAAGGAGACUAAGCCCAAGUCCGUUUCGGAGCAGAUGCGCCUGAUUCUCAUGGGGCCUCCUGGUGCUGGCAAGGGUACACAGGCGCCUAAGAUCAAGGAGAAGUACUGCGUGUGCCAUCUGGCCACCGGAGACAUGCUGCGGUCCCAGGUCGCGAAGAAGACUGAGCUCGGAAGGGAGGCCAAGAAGAUCAUGGACCAGGGCGGCCUGGUCAGUGACGAAAUCAUGGUCAACAUGAUUAAGAGCGAAUUGGAAAACAACGCCGAGUGCAAGAACGGUUUCAUCCUUGACGGAUUCCCUCGUACUGUUGCCCAGGCCGAGCGUCUCGAUGAUAUGCUUGAAGCUAGCCGCCAGAAGCUUCAGCACGCCGUUGAGCUCCAGAUCGACGAUGCUCUCCUCGUUGCGCGUAUCACCGGCCGUCUUGUCCACCCUGCUUCCGGUCGGUCAUACCACAAGAUCUUCAACCCUCCCAAGGAGGAGAUGAAGGACGACAUCACCGGUGAGCCUCUGAUCCAGCGCUCCGACGACAACGCCGAGACACUGAAGAAGCGCUUGGCCACAUACCACGCCCAAACCGCGCCUGUUUGUGACUACUACAAGAAGACCGGUAUCUGGCGCGGCAUUGACGCUAGCCAGGAGCCUGGUCAGGUGUGGAAGAGCCUUCUGGGAGUCUUCCAGAACAACUAG